CACUGUGCAGCAAGAAUUCUCAACUGGAUAUGGCUGCCAUACAAAAAAUCCAUUGUUCACAAGUGCUGCCGCGGAUCCAAUUUCCAUCUCGAUCGGCACCUAGUACUGCCAUUGAAAGAAAGUCUGAGCUCCCGCCCGAUCGGAUGGGGGGAUGCCUGCGCAAGCGCUGCAGGUUUCCUUGGUCCAGAGACCAGAGCGCCUGCGCCGAAAUGUCCGCUGGAGUCAUGCCUGCCAUACAUAAGACGAUGGGGGAAGGCGGCGCUAAAGAGAACGCUUCUUCAGCAGCAGGCAGCGAGCUAGAUCCGGAGACGAGUGGCAGGGGUGAACCCAGAGAAGCUGCAGAGAUGGUGAAAACCGUAACAUGUCUGGCUGAAUUCAACUCCGAAUUGGCAUCUGCCAGUGAAAAGCUGGUCGUGGUUGACUUUUCUGCUACAUGGUGUGGGCCGUGCAAAAUGAUCAAGCCUUUUUACCGUUCUCUUUCUGAAAAAUAUUCAGAUGUAGUCUUCCUUGAAGUUGAUGUGGAUGAGGCUCAGGACGUUGCUUCACACUACGACGUGAAGUGCAUGCCAACAUUCCAGUUCUUCAAGAACAAUGAAAAGGUGCAUGAAUUCUCUGGUGCAAACAAAGAGAAGCUGGAAGAAACCAUCAAGAAGCUAAAGUAACCAUAGACUGCUUAUUCAUGAAGUACUGACUGUUAAAUUAUAGCCUUUUCUACAUAACACUGAUCAAAUUAGAAUAUGUUUCCAAAUACACUUUGACCCUUCAGACUAUUAAUGAAAACAAUAAAAAUGUAUAAACGAUGUCAUAAUCUUGCAUCAGUUCAUUGUGUGGCAAUGUUGAGAUCUGGCUACCAUAGCAGUAAUUCCAUUGUGGCCUCUGGGGUAGGUGGGCUGGCUGCAUUCUUUGACUCUUCUACAUGUCAGUUCUACAUAUAAACUAUCGAGAUAGAUAUCUUGGCUCUUCAGCUGUUGAACUGCAACUCCCAUCAUCCCCAACCACAGUGAAUUUACUGGACAUAUUAGUAAGCAAAUUACUAUUUUAUACUGCCCCAAACUUGUCCUUUGGGUGGUUUACAACAGCACCUAGACAAAGCAGAAAUUAAAAUCAAACAGUUUAAACUACAAUUCUGUUUAACACCUUGAGUGAAUAAAUGCAUUGAGUCUCUCAGAGCUGUCACAGAAGCUCUUAUUUCGGCACAGAGCACAGCCUUGGUGGCAAAUUCCAAAGCACGGGUGGGGAGGGUUGAGGCAGCAACAGAAGGCCUGUUCCUUGGAGCCACUAGAUGAGCUGGUGUCAUUUGCAGAUAGAUGUCUCUGGAUGAUUUCAGUGAGCAGUGGGGCUCACAGCAGAGAUGUUCUGUGGCUGAAACAGCUUGUCUUGGGGCUGCAAACAGCACCCCUCUAUGCAAUUUGGAGUUGCCGGCUUGCAACCUCUGUGUGGAUACCUGAGCUCAUGGGAUCGUGAACUCUGCACAUGCCCAUAUUUGGCAAACCAUGCAAUUUGGUUGCUUGGCACAAGCAAACACGGGGCAGCACUGCCCAAGGUCAGCAUAAUAAAUGACUGUAGGGAGGUCCACCCCCACCCCACCCCCCCGCAACACACACCCCUGGCCUCUUCAGUAAAAAUGAGGAAGCUAGCAAGCAGACUUGUCCAAAGAGACCUUCACAAAAGAAAUGGCUAACUCCCUUUGCAAUUGAAUUAGCCUCACUAGUCACUUCCAGAUAGGCAUAGGACACCCCCAGUCUCCUAUCACAACAUUAAUGAGCUGGCCAGGACCCAGAGGUAGGAUCAUUAACAGGAAAAGAAAACCAAUCUCUCUCCCAGGAAGAGAGAUCCCAGUCUCGGGUAAAGCUUUUGAGUUCCCCCCAAUCAGUACUCCACGCACACCUCUCAGCUGGCCAUUCCAGCUUCUGUUUCUUCAAGAUCACACCCACUUGAUUAGUCCAAACAAAAAUGAACUUCUUUGUUACAUGUGAGUUUCAGCUCCUGCAGUUAGGGCACUUGACUUAUGCCCUGGGGCAUGAAUUUGCCUACUUGUACUCCUGGCCCAAGCACAUGGUUAGGAAAGGAAAUCACGGGGGAGAACUCUGAACACCCAGAGAACUAUCAGAACCUGCCUUGCACCCAAGGAGAAAGGACUCUGCUCCCACACUUAUACGGACCUGUACCACACUGGUUCUUCAGCCCACAAGUGGUCCCACUGCUCCACUUGCUGCUUCUCUUUCCUGCCUUUCUACUUUGCCCGUGAGGAUUUACCUGUGCACUCCAACCUGUAAGUGCAUCCAAUGCACCGGGAUAGGUAAUACUCUAUAUGCCUUUAAAUCUAGCUCCCCUUCUCUCCUCAAGUCUACAUCUUGGUCCUUUCUCAAGUAAAGCCUUAAGGCUAAUUCAUUGACAAUUCGGACCCUAAGCUUAAACACCUCUAUGUGAGACUCUAGUUAAUAUUGUUAAGACUUUAUUGCUGCCUCACCUUUUAUUUUCCUGUACCCUGAUUAUCGCUGAAUAAAUCUGAUUGUACCAUA